CUGUGCAUCAGCAGACCUGGAGUUUUCAACUGAGCAGUAAUCCAGCAUUAUCGCUUUGAAUCACGCUGGAACUAUUUUGUAAAUAGUCCUGGCACUGUUCUCCUGCCCGUGUCCACUAUAAAUGUAACCAAGUGCAGUUUGCCUUUUACUGGAACAAGCGGGUACUGGCAUACGGGUAAGAACCACUUCCUUAUUUUUACUUAUAAUCCUUGGGUAUAGCAAAAUAGAUUUUGUUUGCAAUGUGGGAAUAUCAAGCUAUGAUUACCAGCUGUUUUAUCAUAUAUUUAAAAAAAUUCUAUUCCUCGUUGAAAUAACUUUUGUAUCUGGUAAUGCGCUACAGAAGGUGGAGGUUCUUAAAAACAUAAAGCUGAUUCUCAGUCAUAGCAAGGAAACCAUCAGACAUAUGUAUACCAUCCUUACAUGCCUUAAGGAAGCCUUCCCAUUACUAACGCAAUUAAUCUACACAAAAUAGUUAAUGAUAAACGCGUGCCCGCGCUGGUGGGCGUCAGUAACAUGUAUACAGGGUUAAGUUUACAUGGCCAACAAAAGUUAAAGAGGAAAUAUGUCAGUGUUCCAAUUUCCCUGGUAAGAAAAGUCUUUGGGUGGUUUAUACAAUCGUUAUUUAAUCUCUCUCAUAAUAUGACAUUUUGCAGAUGCUGUGUCUUCGCUCUGGUCACUGCCAGGUUGAUAAUGAACAGUAAUAACAAUACCAACAGUAGGCAUCUACUUAAGACAGGCAUACAGCAUCCAGUCUACAUAAACUAAUCAUUAACAGGUGAUCAAUUGCCAAUAACUUCUAUUAGAAACUUAGACCCAAGUAUACACACACACAUAUAUAUAUACACAUGCAACUGUUUUUUUGCCCAAAAGGUAAGCCAGAUGUAGUCUGCAGCAAAGAAGCAGUAUGGGUUCCUCAGUAUUGAGAAAAUGGAGAAAAACUACAACCAACGAGUAAAUGGACACUAGUUCUUUCAGACUGCUCAACACAGUAGAGAAGGGCACUGUAUAAUUUUAGAAAUAUGUUUGUAUGACGUAUUUUGUAGAUAUUAAAUUAGGCAUUUCCUGAUUAUGUGCUCAGACCUAACAACAAUGUUAUAAAGGAAGUAAAUCUUAUCACUCAUAGUAGAGUUUUAGAAUGGAUUAAGGGUCUUACUGGAAGUAGAUAACUAAGUUGUCUGUUAAAAUGUUGACAUGACAUAAUACACUAGAAGGUAAACGAGAUAGUGAGUUUGUCAUGGUAAUUAAUUCAGGCUGUCAUAUUGUGUUACACAUUAAGUCAAAAACAUUAUUAUUUUCUAAUUACCUGCAGGACUCCUCACUGUCUGUUGUAGUUUAGGAUAAUCAAACAAUCUUCUAUAAGUAACCUUUAACUUUUGUUAUGAAGUGUGCACAUUAUCUCAAACAGAAAUUCAAGAUCUUUAAAUGGCAGGGAUAUUGGUGUCAUCUCUAGCAGUUUGUUGCUAAUGUAAGCUUUUACAAUGGAUGCAAUCAGUAGUAUAAUUUUUAUUCUCUUGUAGAGUUUUCUGCAAACUCUAUAAAUAGCAAAAUAUUACGUUUAUAUAUAUAAGUUUUGCUUUGGAAAUUAAACACCAACAUUCUCUUUAACUCGCACUAUAUUUCCCUGACACUGCUUUUACACCAAAACUCUGCCACAGGCCCUUAUCUCUAUUCAAGUCUUCUGAGGUGUAUUAUUGUCAUUAAAAAGGUAAGAAGAUAUAUGAAUAGUACAUGGAGACACUUCUUGAGUUUGUUAGAUGUUAGGUCAUCUUUUCACAAACUGGCUUCAUGUAAUGUGAUUGUUUAAUUUCAAAUAUGCAGAGAACAGAACAUAAGAUACAACUCUUUGCUUGGCCAUUUCUUCCCUGUGGUGAUUUUCUAUCAUAAUUAUUUGAAUUAAAAAAAAAAAAUCCCAAAAUACAGCUCACGUCAGCAGGAUGUUCCGUAAACCUUCUUUCACAUGGAAUGCCCUAGGCAAAUGUUGGCCAUCACCUGAAAUUCCUAGUAAUUAUGUCUCCUUAGCAUUUUUUAAGGUCAUGUGCUGGACAAAGUAAAAUGUAACCAAGUUUAAAAGUGAAACAAAAUAAAAUUUCUAAAAAAAAAAUCCAACACAACAUAUAGCCAGGGCUGCUGUCACUGACAUAAUAAGCCCCCUUAUCAAAGACAACCUACCUCAUAACAUUUUGGAUAAAAUAUGAGGCUUGCCACAUCAACAGACACAGCGUCCUCAACGCAUUCUGAAUCAGUCUCAACUGGGUGGUUUGAAGGAGUAGAGGCUGGUUCUGGGUGGUGCAGUUGUGCCUGUGGGAUGCCAAGAGUGCUGACAGCACAGAAAUCAUGUCCCAUCAUCCACUAAACCACCACUUUGUGCGCUCGGCACCAGUGGCGUACACACAACCCAUGGGGCCCCGGUGCGAAAACUGAUCUGUGCCCCCCCCCCGCGCGCUUACUCUGCGCUGGCUGGGGCCGCAACACAUGACAACAGGCACCUGGUCGCAGGGCUGCGACUGCAGUAUAUACGCCAGUGCAUGCAGAUACACAUACACUUAAAUGACCACUACAGACACCCAGAUCACAUCAGCUCAAUGAAGUGGUCUGGGUGCCAGGUCCCUCUAGUUUUAACCCUGCAGCUGAAAAUAUAGCAGUUUCAGAGAAACUGCUAUGUUUCACUGAGGGUUAAUCCAGCCUCUAGUGGCUGUCUCACUGACAGCCGCUAGAGGAGCUUCCGCGAUUCUCACUGUGAAAAUCACAGUGAGAAGACGCUGAACGUCCAUAGAAAAGCAUUGAGUAAUGCUUUCCUAUGGGCGGUUUGAAUGCGCGCGCGGCUUUUGCCACACAUGCGCAUUCUGAGCUGAGAGGCGGAUCGGGGAGAUCCCCAGCGCCAAGGGAGUCCGGCGCUGGAGAAAGGUAAGUGCUUAAGACACACACACACUCUCUCACGAACAGACGCAUACACACACAUUUACUGACAGACACACACUCAAUGACAGACAUAUAUACACACUCACUGAGACAGACACACACUCACUCACUUACAAAACACACACUCACUAACAGACACACACACACAAAGUAACACACUCAGUGACAGACACACACAGUAACACACUCACUGACACACUCUAACACUAACACACACACCUCUAACACUAACACACACACACUAACACACACACACUCUAACACACAUACGCACGUUUAAAAAAAAAAUCCCCCCCAGCCUCCUUACCCUAGGGAGCGCUAAGGGGAUUCCCUGGGGUCCAGUGGUGUCACCCGGCGGGCAGGCUGGCGACGAGGCAGCACUCUCCCCUGAGUGCUCCCUCUUCAGCUCCCUUGCGUGCCGCGUACUGAUACUGGAGCCGGAAGAUGACAUCAGGGGUGAGUGCUCCCUCGCGCGCCUGCCAGCCUGCUCGCCGGGUGAUACCAGGGCCAGCCUCGGGGGGCCCUGAGUUGGCCGGCUCCUGGGCCCCCCAGGAGAAGAGGCUGGCCACAGUGGCAUACAUACCGGGACGCAGGGUGGCCAGUCCCCCUGGUGGGCGGGGCCCGGUUGCGACCCCGGUAUGUACGCCAAUGCUCGGCACCACCCCAACUACUAAUGCUGGAGAGAUGGAAACUCCUAAGCAGGAAUUUCCUUUAGUUAUCCUGAGAUAAGUUCCUUGGUACAGGUCUAUAUCAUUGCUCUCACCCAUCAAGCUUAGGUCAAUGGAGAGCUCUCCUGGCUCUCGCUAAGUUGCAGUGGAGGUGGAGAGCAGAGCCUGUAGAGCCCCAGGUAAGAAGUCAAACUUUUCUAAAAUGGUUUGUCUUCUUACAAUAAGGAGGAUGGGGUGCACCACAGCACUGUGUGCUGUAGUGGUGAUGGUGCUUGGAGAAGUCCUUUAAGAUUACAUUCACACAGCUUAACAAAUUUCAGACAACAUUAACACAGCUUCACCCAACAUGCACACAGCCUUCACAUACCGCUCACAGCAUACAGCAACAUUGUGUUUGUGAUAUUUUUUCAUUUUACAAUAGGCCUGUAUAUAUUUUGUGCCUCUGAAUUUUUAUUUUUGGUCAUGAAAAAGCGUCUAUAUUUUUCUCGAUACUGUCCUACUCUUUUACUAUAACACACCUCUCCCCAAUUGGCCCCUCUUCUCUCCAUAACAAGUUGCCCUCCUAAACCCGUCAUUACAAGAUACCCUCCAACUAUUCCAGGGACCCACACAUGCAACUAUAAUGUUUUUUUUUUAUGUUUAUGGUCUAUUGCAGUGUUUCCCAUAAAAGUCCUCAAGGCCAACCAAAAGUCCAUGAUUUGUCAGUAUCUCCAUUGGAAUAAAGCAAGGAAAUACAUAAAUCCUGGACUGCUGGUGGGUCAUUGGGACUGGUUUGGGAACCCACAGUUAAAUUGUAUUUCCUUGAGAGAGAUAGAUGGUUAUUAAGAGCAGGGAGCUCUGGGGUCAGGCAAAAAGUAAUGGAAACUUAAAAAAAUAUAUAUAAUUUUCUUUGUUAUACUGCUCUUAUGCUUAAUGCCUUGUCAUCUGCUCACACGCUGCACUUCUGCCAACUGCUACCUUCUGCUCUGCCCCCAAAUUACACACUACUCGACAGUGCCAACUGCCUCUUUCUCCUAGAAUGCCAACAACUACAUUUGCAGCUUACACAGGAGGUCUUUUCCUUGGCGCAAUUGAGAGCUAAUUAUGUGGACUAAUGCAGUUUGCUUAGCUUACAGCAAUCAUGUGAAUAAAAUAAAUGACAAGCACCAGGUUUUCCAUUCAACUGCUCAGUUAGGGACACCUUAUGAAGUCUUGUCUUCACCCUGGUGCACUCUAGUCUGAGAAAACCCCUCAUCUACCUAAGCAGGUAGAAAGAAAAAAUUGUCAGAGGCACAAACAGGGUGAGCAGCUAAAAAUGCAUCCAAUAAAGCAAUUUAUUCACAACACCGCAGAGUGGACCAAAUCACAGAGGGGCAGUAAUUUUGUGCAGAAGUUUGAUAAAAAGGAACUCUCAAAGUGCCAUGACCAGUUAUGAUGCCAGGACUGCCCUGUUAGAACAGUUUGACAUCUUACCUGGGAUCUACCAGCGCUGGUCCCUGCCUACACUGCAGCGCAAGCUCUCAGCUAAUUCUUUCAGUCUCCUUCAGGAGAGCUAAUGGAAGCUUCAAAAGGCAGCAGAGAGGCAAGGAGCAGCAUCCGGCAAACCCCAGGUAAGAAGUCCAACCAUUCUCAAAUGGUUUAACUGUUUACAAACGGGUUGCGCCAUGGCACUCCUGGUGCCAUAAAUACUAAAGCAUGCUAUAGUUGCUAUGGUGUUUGGAGUGUUCCUGUGAGCAUAAGACUUACAAUCAAAUGCACUUCUCCAUAAAACGCAUAGAGUUUCUGCUGUUCUGAACUUCUGUUAUUUGAAUAAAUUCUGAAGAUUACUUUAUUGGAUGCAUUGCUUGUUGCCCACCCUGUGUGUGCCUCUGCUGUUUUUGUUCUCUAUACCAGUGUUUCCCAACCCAGUCCUCAAGGCACACCUACCAGUCCAGGAUUUAGGGAUUACCCAGUUGUGUCUAAGGUGUUUUUACAAAGAAGAAAAAAAACACCUUAGACACAACUGGGUAAUCCCUAAAUCCUGGACUGGUAGGUGUGCCUUGAGGACUGGGUUGGGAAACACUGCUCUAUACCUACUUGUCACUCUGACGUGACCGGAAACCGGAAACAGCUAUACUCUCUUUCCCUUUCCAAGCAAGUCCAACUGGGGGCAGAUUCCUUCGUUAUGUCCAUCCCCAGUGGACGUACAAAUUUGUCAGGCUGACUUUUUGACAUUGGCUAAAAGUCAGAUAAGCUUAUCUGUAACUGGUCAUUUUUAAACUUGGCUGCAUAUGAAUCAAUAGAGCAUUAAAAAGAUUAGUCAUUUUGAACUUUCAGAUUUCUCAUCUGUUCUUCACAUCUCAUUACACUUGCCAUCUUGCUUUUAACUAAUUCUGGAUUAGUUGGGUUGCUUGGUUGAUUUUCUUUUGACAAGGUUCUGACUUGUCUUAUAGUUGGUUCAUGAUUCAGAACCAAGACAAUUCCUUAAUAGAGUAGCAUUAUUAAAUAGGUAUAUGCCAUAAAAAUAUGAUGUUUGGCUUUUCAGGUCUUAUUUUUUUUAAUUCUUUAUUUUUGUAGUGCAUUGCUUAACAAACAAGUAUACAAAGACACUGAUCAAAAGACUAAGAUGACAUGAGUGGGAACCAACAUUUCAGAAUGUGUCGAUUUUACUGCACUUUUUCUAGUAAAUUGGAGAAAAUAUCAGGAACACAGUGCUAUGUUGAAAAAUCAGAGAGGGAAAUAAAUAUGCUAUGACAUAGUACUGUGGAGAGAUGCCGGUUAUGAGAACCACUGGCUCUUAAGAUUAAACUAUGGAUAAGAUUGAAUUAUGAUGCAUUAACAGACAAUAGCAGAUAAAAUAACAGAACAUAACAUAAAAUUAUGAAGUAACAUCUGCUAGGUGCAGUCAUGAUAGGUGCAGUCAAGCAGCAGGCAGCUGAUUCCCAAUGAGGGAGAGUCCCAACCUCCAACAGCACGAUGGAGCCCAUCAUCUGUGCCCAAGCAUGCAGGGAACAUAGAUAGUUCUUCCACAGGAUUGCAUCUCGGCUCUCAGCCAGUCGUCGUUUCCACCAGCCGAGAAUCCCACUCAGCUGGUAACAUGAGUGAUAGGCCACCGAGACCUGCAGGUUGUAGCCGUGUUGUGCGUGGUGAUGUGGCUGGGAUCGGUGCGAGUUGCGGCAAAGGUGAGUGCCUGAGUGAAGGGGUGCUAAGCUUCCUCCUCCACGACACCAAGCCCUUUCCUCUCUUAAAUUGGUGAGGAAGAAGCCGAGGAGAAGGCUGCCUGGGAUCACCUUGCUGCUGUAAUGUCACCCAGAAGCGCCAGAAUAUCUCCUCCAGCCGCUAAAGGCAAAGAUCUGUGGAGUUGUAAUGUGCCGAUUGGGGUAAGCACCCCUCUGGAGUGGUCAGAGUGAGUGCGUCCACAAUCAUUGGUUGUGCAUCUUUGUCUGGUAAUGUCUGAUAUCUGUGAGUAGAAGCAGCUGAGCAAAUCGGUAGCUUGCCAAUAGGGACUAGGAUGACCCCCGACGGUCCGGGGGGGGGAGGGGAGUGCAACAGGGUGAGUAUCGGAGUAUGAGAAGUGGCCGCCUCCUACCAACUCCAGUUCAAGUAGGCCGCGAUGCAGCACGUCAGGCUCCCAGCAUUGACAGACUCGGAUGGAGUCUCGAGUGGAUUGUCAGUGCACCCCCGACAUGGGUAUUGCCCCCAGGUAAGUUCUUGGCUUGAAGGCCGGUGGUAUCACCCCGAUUUUAGGGAUAUAGACAGGAGCACAUGCUACACCCUUCCGACCAGCUCAAAGGUCAGGGUCUGUCCCCUUUUCAGGUAUUUUUUAAAAGGUAUUGACAAAAACUGCAUUAAACCCCUGAUUUUGUUUAUGCUUUAUUUACAUGCCCACUUUGAUUUGCAUCAAGGAAAGAUGAUAUUGUGAACGUUUAAAAAGGGAUACAUUACAGUUAUAUACCAUUACACACUGGAUAUUUUUGUAUGUAUGUGUACAGGAAUGCUUGUAUAGAAUAGUACUCGGACCAUAACCGCCACUGAAUCUACAUAAGCACAUCAGUUGUUAACAAAAAGUUUAUGAAUAAACAAAUAUAUCUUCUAGAAAAUGUAUCUGUAAUUUUGUGAGUAAUUUGGCUAGUGCAGUGUAGAAGAAGCAUUUUAUUUACUAUAAAAGUGGACCUGUACUAAGUUGUUAUGGAGUGAGAGUGUUCCUUCAAAGUGUACCUGUCACUCAAGUUUGAGUUAUGGUGCAGCAGUGUCCAUCCUGCAUGGCUUAAACCAAUAAAGGAAAACAAAAUAGACUAUCCCUGUGUGCUCCUUAAGAACAACACAUAAGAUUUCUCUCAAUGGGUACCCAGUGAUAUAUCAAAGUAUCAGCAGACACCCUCAGCCUAUCACCUGCCCCCUAGCUAAACCUUUCUCAUACUGCACCAGAGAGAGGAAGGAAACCAGUCAGAAAGUUAGAUGGUGAGCAGACACACCUGCAACCAUAACAUUUUAAAUGAGCUUAAGUUGUUAUCAGGUUUAAGUGCUCAUCAUAGUGCUAGGAAUACAAAGUUGUAUUGUAUAGCACCUGGUGCCCCCCAGUUAAAAAACCUGUUCUGUACUCACACAAUUCCAGCGUCGAUCUCCCUUGGUGCUGUGUCAACACUCUGCCUCCUCUGAUGUCACAUGACAUUGCUGCAAUGCUUUCCUCUGGGGAUAACAUGCAGGAAGUGCCUCUAGAGGCUGUGUGAUUGACAGCUACUAGGGGCAGUCUUAACAUUGUAAUGCAAGUAUUAAUUUCUCAGGUACUGCAAUAAUUAACAUUGCAGGUUUAGGAGGACAGGGGCAUUGCACCCAGACCACAUCAAUCAAGUAGUCUGGGUGCCUAUAAUGUCCCUUUAAGUACUUGUUAUUUAAUUAAGCUCUUCUAGAACAAGGGGAGCGUAUAUAGAGUUGCUGUUCACCAUGGUGCUCAAGGAAUAACCAUGUAAAGUGUUUAUUGCCUCAAUUGGGGAUAAUUUUAUUCUGUUACUUAAUGCAAUUGAAUUGGCAGCAUAAUGACACAAUUUACAUCUCCAUGAUGUGGGGAGGGGAGGGUAUAAGAAAACAUUUAAACAUUAAUAGCAUGACACUUAAAUAAAACAAUUAUCCUAUUGACUGUUGUCUUCUGAUCAUGUCAUGUGUAUAUAUAUGAACAAGCCAUAUGGUUUCAAAUUUAAUUGAAUUAUGUUAAUUUCAUUGGAUUAGCCUGGUAUUUAAUUAUUUCUCAAAAACAUACUUCUCCCUCUAUAAUAUAUCUUCCAGGAAAAACACAAAAGCCUAACAAUGGCAUCUGACCAUCAGACUCCAGCCACCAAACAACAGCAGCCAAAUGCAAAGGUAAGCGUUGGUGUGGUUAAAGUGCAGUAUACGAACAACAUGCAUGAAUCAAAUCUCAUUCUACAUCUGUAGGGACAGGAUAUGCAUGAGAGUCUGGCAACCCCACUUUGUACGGCUUCUAUAUAAAAAUUGAAGCAUUCAUUUUCACAUUUGUGUCAGUUUCGUAAACGUGCACCAUUUCCUUAUCUUUUGAACUUUUUUGACAUUUUUUCCAUCAUUUCUGUAUUGAACCAAAAUAACUUGUCUUUUGUCACUUUCCAAUCCUCUUGGAUUUUUCCAACAAAUGUUUUCCCUGAUGAUUUUACUAUUGGUUACAGUCACAAAAUAAGACAAAGGACUAAUAUUUCUGAAGACAUUCCCUAUUUGAAGGAUUAUCUAUUCAUUAAACAGAAAGGAUGAUCAUGAAAGUUACUUAUAUGUCACACAAAAUCUGUUUAUCUGAUAAUGGUGGAAGCAAUUGUUGGACAAAUGUGCACUUUUGCUCAUCGUUUUCAUCCAUUAAAAGUUACAAAUUUGUGGACCAAAAACAAUGAACUAAAAUUAAACAGAAAAUUAAAAUGCACCGUAACAGAGUGCAGAAAGGAAUAUUGUGCCCGAAACAGAAAAAGCACAAACUAUUUAUUUAUUUAUUUAAAUAAAAUGUCCAAACAUCCAUUAGGUGACUUAAUAAUAAUUUAUGCAGCUAAAAUGUAAUUCAGAACAAGAACAAUGUACACACAGUAAAAAUGUACCAGGAUGUAUGCCAUGGAUAAAUGCCAACCAUUAAAAAUAGUCCACAUGGGCAUACUGAUUAUUGAUGAAUACAAUUUAAAACGUUUCAGUUGAAAUAGUUUAGUGGGUUCUUCUUUGUGAGUUAGACUAUGAAAGAAAUAUUGCCUACAGAGUUUUCCUAAAUAUGACAUGAUUUAAAUGUUAAAUGUAGAACACUUGAUGGGAGAGGAAGUCAAGACAUUGAUCCAUUUCUGGAUGUCUGGGGAAUUUAUCAGCUAUGUAGAAGUAUUAUGACCCAACACUUAGAUUUGGAGAGACUUAAGACAUGUUUAGCAAUAGUAGGAAUCUAAUAGUUGCCAUAGUGCAUGCAUACUGCAUGAACAUUAUGAAAGGAGUAGAUUGGCUGGUUGGGCAGCUGGUUAUAGAUCUAGGACCAGGCUACAAGUAUCUAUAUGUAGGUCAUUUGGGGAGAUUAUAGGACUUUUCCAGCAAGUCUGAGAUUGUUUUCUAUCAGUGAGAGUUCUAAGGUAGCAAGAAAUACACUGUAUCAUAAAGGCCCCCUUGUGUUCCACAUUUGCUGGUCCUGGAGUGAAGAGAUGGCUUUGAUGGUGCCAGAUGGACGUGUUAUGUCCACAGCAAAUGUAAUUUUCCUCUUCUCAGUCAUACUACACAUUGUUUAAAUGUUAUUACAUUUUGAGGGGAGGAGACUGCAUUAAAGGUGAUAAGGGAAGUUUGAAUGGUAUUUAUAGAAAGUAUAAUAUAAAGCAAAUGCAUUUUUUUUGUUCUUGACACUCCACAUGCAUAUACUCAUGCACUCAGACCAAUACACAUUGACAGCAUACACAAAUACACAUAUGAUUUCUCAAUUAUAUUAUGCAAAACGACAUACAUUAACACUAAUGAUAUACCCUGAGACCUCAUACUAAUACAGCUAGUUUUAGCUCAUCUUGUGACAUUACAAAACAAACCAAUCCAUUUGCAUAUCAGACUGAUCCCAUCCAAAAGGACGGUCCAAAUCCAAAAUGCAGGCUGGCUCUCGCUGCAUGAGAGAUACCGCAAUCUCAGACGAUCGUUUCAGCCUUGUUGGGCAUAGUCAGUGAGGUUUUGCCAAAAUCCCUUUAGGCACCGUGAGCAAGGGGUCCACUUCUUUAAACUUAGGGAGAGCAAAAAAAACUGCAUGUAAGAGAACACUGAGGACAACAGCACUUAUAAUAUAUACACAAACAAGUUUAUGCUUUUACUCAGAUUAUUCAUGCAAGCCCACAGUCACACUGACACAAUAUAGACACUGAACACGCUUACACACAUGGCUAGAUAAGAGCAUAUAAAUGAUCGCAGAAUUUAUAGUUUGUUGCUUUAAUUGUAAAUUGGACUUACACAUGGUUACUUACAAAGGUGAAUAUUGACAGGGAUUCAAAUUACAUUUUAAAUUUAAUGCCAAAAUAGGUGAUCUAGAAGCAUAUCUGACUUGGAUAAUUUUUCCAGUUUGUCUGUUUUGGCCUUAAAUUCAAAAUGUACUUUAAAUUCCAAACAAUUCUAUUUAAUGAAUAGUAACAUUAAGAGUAAGAUUCAAAAGAGUAUGAGUCAAAAAGCUUAAUAAGUGUGACAAUGUCUAUUGCAACCUCCUGUACAUCAGGUUGAGAUGGUUAAGAUUUGGCAUCCCCUGGGGCUGUCUGAACAUGAUGGGAGAUUUACUCCACAAAAGUUGGAGUUCUAAAUAUCAAUAACUUUUCUAUGAUGCGGAAAAUGCCUCAGAGAGUGGGUAUUAAAUAGAACUUCCUUAUGAAUAUAAUUAAUUUUAGGCCAAAUACAAGAAUAGUGAAUUGGUUAGAAAGAAAAAAAUAACAGUGUGCAAAACCUGUUAGUUUAAUGUGUUGUGCAAACAAUUAAUUUGUUAUAGCUAAGACACAUAACCUGUAAAUAUUGGCACAAAUACAUUUUGAACGUUAAAAGCUAGUUUUGUAAAACAUAAUAAAUUGGCAAUAUGUGCUUUAACCUACAUACACCUAACCACACUUCUUGAAAAUAAGCAUUAUAGCGAGAUUGUGUGAAUAUUUUGUAUUCACUGUAGUUUGAAAACUCCAGUUUCCACAACCAGGUUUCACAAAUUCACAGAGAAGCUUAGGUGCUGAGAAUAGUGAUAUGCUGAGCUUAAUGGAUUGCAAAGGAAACAGGAAAUUGGACAACUCAGUACAGAUAUACCCAAUUUUAUAGGCUUAAAGCUAAAUAAUAUAGAAAUAUGAAUUUUAACAGCUAUUUGCUGCUCCGACAGAGUGUGACUGCGGCGUUUCUACAUAGCCAAUAUGUCAACAUUAUAUAAUAGCACUUUCAUUUAUUUCUGUAUACAAUUUAUAAAUACAAUUAAAAAUGAAUAUUAACAAAAAAAUUUUGUUCAGAAUAAAGUCAUCACUGUUAUUAGGUAAGCUUGUCAUCUGUCAUUUUCUUUACAUUAAAUCUGUUUAAAACAAUGCUAAACUAUAGCAAAUUUAACUGCAAUAAUCAUUUGACGAUAUGUGAUAUUGGCUACCAAUAAGAAUGUGGGAUAAUCACAGUUGAACUGAUUAGCUCCCAGCAUUCAUCUGUGCUAAGGAAAUGUAAACUGCAUGGUUAGGAUUCUCCACGGAAGAAGUUGUAGUUAGUUAAACAAGUGAUAGUUACAUUUGGCAUUUCAAGGCAGGUUUAAUGAGCAAUAUGACUGAGGAAAUAUAUUUGCGGUAAUAACUUUAGACACUCUAACAAUAUAACAAGAACAGUUUUUUUAUUUUCACUUUUUCGAAACAGUUGAGUGUUGUAGUUUUCCUGUUUUGUGCUUCAACACAAAACAUGUAAUACGAUAUGUAGAAAUUGUUUUUGGUUUUGUUUACUUUGAUUUAAAGGCAUAGUGAGUUAUUACUUUUGCUCAUAGUGAAAAAAAAAUGGUUGUGAUAUGUAUAAGUUAUAGAAACAUAGAAACAUAGAAUGUGACGGCAGAUAAGAACCAUUCGGCCCAUCUAGUCUGCCCAAUUUUCUAAAUAGUCCCUAGUCUUAUCUUAUAGUUAGGAUAGCCUUAUGCCUAUCCCACGCAUGCUUAAACUCCUUUACUGUGUUAACCUCUACCACUUCAGCUGGAAGGCUAUUCCAUGCAUCCACUACCCUCUCAGUAAAGUAAUACUUCCUGAUAUUAUUUUUAAACCUUUGUCCCUCUAAUUUAAGACUAUGUCCUCUUGUUGUGGUAGUUUUUCUUCUUUUAAAUAUAGUCUCCUCCUUUACUGUGUUGAUUCCCUUUAUAUAUUUAAAUGUUUCUAUCAUAUCCCCCCUGUCUCGUCUUUCCUCCAAGCUAUACAUGUUAAGAUCCUUUAACCUUUCCUGGUAAGUUUUAUCCCGCAAUCCAUGAACCAGUUUAGUAGCCCUUCUCUGAACCCUCUCUAAGGUAUCAAUAUCCUUCUGAAGAUACGGUCUCCAGUACUGUGUACAAUACUCCAAGUGAGGUCUCACCAGUGUUCUGUACAAUGGCAUGAGCACUUCCCUCUUUCUACUGCUAAUACCUCUCCCUAUACAACCAAGCAUUCUGCUAGCAUUUCCUGCUGCUCUAUUACAUUGUCUGCCUACCUUUAAGUCAUCAGAAAUAAUCACCCCUAAAUCCCUUUCCUCAUAUGUUGAGGUUAGGACUCUAUCAAAUAUUCUGUACUCUGCCCUUGGGUUUUUACGUCCAAGAUGCAUUAUCUUGCACUUAUCCACAUUAAAUUUCAGUUGCCACAAUUCUGACCAUUUUUCUAGUUUACCUAAAUCAUUUGUCAUUUGGCUUAUCCCUCCUGGAACAUCAACCCUGUUACAUAUCUUAGUAUCAUCAGCAAAAAGACAUACCUUACCAUCAAGACCUUCUGCAAUAUCACUAAUAAAAAUAUUAAAGAGAAUGGGUCCAAGUACAGAUCCCUGAGGUACCCCACUGGUGACAAGUCCAAGCUUCGAAUAUAUUCCAUUAACUACAACCCUCUGUUGCCUGUCACUCAGCCACUGCCUUACCCAUUCAACAAUAUUGGAAUCCAAACUUAAAGAUUGCAGUUUAUUGAUAAGCCUUCUAUGUGCAACAGUGUCAAAAGCCUUACUGAAAUCUAGGUAAGCAAUGUCUACUGCACCACCCUGAUCUAUAAUUUUAGUUACCCAAUCAAAAAAAUCAAUAAGAUUAGUUUGGCAUGAUCUCCCUGAAGUAAACCCAUGUUGUCUCUGAUCUUGAAAUCCAUGUGUUUUUAGAUGUUCAACAAUCCUAUCCUUUAACAUGGUUUCCAUCACUUUCCCCACUACUGAAGUAAGGCUUACUGGCCUAUAGUUGCCCGACUCCUCCCUAUUACCUUUCUUGUAAAUGGGCACAACAUUCGCUAACUUCCAAUCUUCUGGGACUACUCCUGUUAACAAUGAUUGGUUAAAUAAAUCUGUUAAUGGUUUUGCUAGUACACCACUAAGCUCUUUUAAUAGCUUUGGGUGUAUUCCAUCAGGUCCCAUUGACUUAUUUGUCUUUACUUUUGACAGUUGAAAUAGAACCUCUUCCUCUGUAAACUCACGUGUAAUAAAUGACUCAUUUAUCCUUUUUCUCAACUGAGGUCCCUUUCCUUUAUUUUCUUCUGUAAAUACAGAACAAAAAUAUUCAUUGAGGCAGUCAGCCUGACCUUUAUCCUCUUCUACAUACCUUCCUUCUUUUGUUUUUAAUCUAACUAAUCCUUGUUUUACUUUUCUUUUCUCAUUUAUGUAUCUAAAAAAUGUUUUAUCCCCCUUUUUUACUGACUGUGCUAUUUUCUCUUCUGUGUGUGAUUUGGAAGCUCUUAUAACUUGUUUAGCCUCUUUCUGCCUAAUCUUAUAGAUCAUUUUGUCUUCCUCACUCUGGGUUUUUUUAUAAUUCCUAAAUGCUAACUUUUUGUUUUUAACUAUUUUGGCCACAUCUGCGGAGUACCACAGUGGUUUCUUGAAUUUUUUGAUUUUACUGACAAGCCUAAUGCAAUUUUCUGUUGCCUUCAAUAGUGCAACUUUUAAAUAAUCCCAUUUCUCUUGGACUCCAUUUAAAUUGCUCCAGUCUGAUAAUGACUCCUCUACCCAUAUUCUAAUUUUAGAAAAGUCUGUUUUUCUAAAGUCUAAAACUUUUGUUUUUGUGUGGUGUGACUCAGUCACUGUUCUUAUAUUAAACCACACUGACUGAUGAUCACUGGAUCCUAAACUUUCACCUACAGUAACAUCUGAUACCAAAUCUCCAUUUGUUAACACUAAAUCUAGUAUGGCCUCUUUACGAGUUGGCUCCUCAACAACUUGUUUUAGAGACAAUCCCAGUAGGGAGUUUAGAAUAUGUGUGCUCCUGGCACAAGUAGCUAAUUUUGUUUUCCAAUUUACAUCAGGAAGAUUAAAGUCACCCAUGAUGAUAACUUCCCCUUCAUUGUCAUUUUAGCUAUUUCCUCAACUAGUAGAUUAUCUAACUCUUCAAUUUGUCCUGGGGGCCUAUAAAUCACACCUACACGAGUUACUGUGUGAUUACCAAAUUCUAACGUAGCCCAAACGGACUCUAUGUUUGCCUCACUAACUUUUAUUAGGCUAGAUUUUAUGCUAUCCUUCACAUACAAGGCCACCCCUCCCCCUUUCUUGCCUUCCCUAUCUUUCCUAUAUAAAGAGUACCCUGGUAUUGCUAUGUCCCAGUCAUUUUUCUCAUUGUACCAUGUCUCAGUUACAGCGACUAAAUCUACACUAUCAGUUGCCAUUAUUGCCACAAGUUCAUGGAUCUUAUUCCCUAAACUGCGAGCAUUUGUAGACAUGACUCUAAGCUUAUCAUUUUUUAACACACUUGCUACAGACACCUUCUGUCCUUCUUUUGGGGGACAAUUGGAUUGAUGUUUUAUCGCCCUUUUGCCCCCCCCCUCCUAGUUUAAAUACAUCCUAGCAAAACCUCUGAACUGCUCACUGAGAACAUUUGUUCUUAUUGGCCUGAAACUCCACAAACUAGUCUCGGUAUGGAGAACAUUGAUUGAUGGGUAACAGCAAUAGAGAAUCUGUCAUUUCACAUGAUUUUUAAUACUAUGUUUACUUAUCAUAUAUACAUUUUAGUGAGAUGUAAAUACAAUUAAACAGAAAUCCACUCAUCUUUAUUCUGCAACUAGGUACCUGCAGCUUAGCGUCCUGCCAAUCAUUGUUAUAAGCUCUGCCCUUUGCACAUGGUAGUCAGCACAGAGAAAAGGAGACAUGAAACAAUAUUUCCUUCUCAUUUGCAAUGUGUGCCCUAGUGCUACCUGGACUGAAAUAGGUUGUGAUGUAAUUUGCUAAAUCUAUUAGUAUAAAAUCAAAGUUAAAUGAAUAGUCACAUGAAACAAAGAGAAUACAAGUAAUAGGUGAUUUUCAAUGUUUUAUUCAAUAGAGUAAUUUCUAAAAGUUACAGUUCCCCUCUAAUAACUCAAGUGAAGGUGAAGGUGUCAUUUCACUUUACCUGGGGAAGAGUUGAGAGAAUCCGUUCUUAGAAAACACACUAGGGAUCAGUAUUAGUAUUAGCCAAUCAGCAGCAGACCCUCCCUCCCAGACAGCUCACUAAGAAUGCAGCUUCACAAUGGAUGUAAAAUGGAUUCUGUCCAGGAGGUGGGAGGGUCUGGGAGGGAGGGUCUGCUGCUGAUUGGCUGGAAUGUGUCGGCUGACUGUGAGGUACAGGGUCAAAGUUUACUCAAUGAUGAGUCCGCAGCGAACCGUUCGUGGUGAACCGUUCGCGGCGAACCGUUCGGGACAUCACUAAUCAGUAUAUUUUGAUAGGAGCUUUCUGGAAAAAGACCACAAUGAAGUCUUAACUUUGGGAGCCAGUGUUACAUUUUGUAGCCUGACCAUACAGUUUCCAUUACAUAAUUACAAUUAUAAUGCUUGUUCCUCUGGUUUAUGUUUGCUCAAUAUUAAAAUGUUUUGUUUGUAUAUUGAUUAUUUUCUCUAAAUCCAAUUCUUAGUUACACGGAUCAACGUGGAAUUGAUUAGACAUGGCUUUCCCUAAACCCACAUAACCAAGAAUAGAAAUGCUAGCAGUUAUGCUGGUGAGAGGCUUAGACUUGCAAAUAUAUACAUUCAGGACUUUUCUCUAAAGUCAGCUAUGCUUCCAGUUCAGCUACAUUAAUUUUAAAUUCCUGACAAAUCGAACUUUACUUACUAACGGAUUAUGUCAAAUUAUAUUUAUGGGUGGGGAUAACCUAAUUUAGUAAAUCAUUACGUUAUAAUAUCAAGACUUAGACAACACCAAGGUGAACAGUCCAAUGUGGGAAAAUCUAAACAAUUUAAAAAUUGUUUUUAAAUUGAGGUCCAUCUAUUCUUACAGGAUCUGCAGAAUGGUGCUUCUAUCAAUCCUUUUUAAAGGAACACUUUAGUAACCUAGACCACUUCAUCUCAUUGAAGUGGUCUGGGUGCAGGCCUUAGUCCUGCAAUGUAAAACAUUGCCGUUUUUGAAAACCUUGAUGUUUACAUUCCAGCACUAAGACAGCCUCUACUGGUUGUCCACCAGACACCCACUAGCUAGAGGCUCUUCUGGGAGUUUACCGGACUCUGGGUCGGCACUCUGCAUUAGGACAUCAAGCAUUAGUGAAAUACCCAUAGAAACAUAGAAUGGGACAGCAGAUAAGAACCAUUCAGCCCAUCUAGUCUGCCCAAUAUUUCAAAAUACUUUUAAUUAGUCCCUGGCAUUAAGAAAAGGCAAUGCUUUCUUCUGGGGAGGGCCUAAUGCGCUUGUGGCGCUCACUGCACAUAUACAUUAGGCUUUCCGAUGGAUCACGUCGGAGGGAUCGUGUCAGUAUAUAACGUUUUUUUUAACCCUUUAUACACCUGGGGCGGGACAAGAGGGCUCUAUAGUGUUAGGAAUAUCAAUAUUUAUGGCAACCUUGGAUAAUAUAUAAUGAAAAUAAAAACCUAUUCUAAAUUAAGGAUGGGUUAGUGGUUUAUGAUAAGUAUUUCCAUGAUUUCCUAAUAAAACAAGAGUUCCCUUGGAUAUACUGAAAUUGUCGCACCCUGUCGCUGAGUCCCAAGGUCCACAACUAUGCAGUCCACCACUAUGUACGUCCAGAUUUUUUCUUUUUUGUGUGUCUUUGUUUUGGUACGAGUACAUUGCCGAAUCAUCUCUGCACUAGAUUUAUAUGAAUUUAUUAUGUUGAACUGUAAUGAAAUACUGGAUUUAUUUGUAUUUGUUUUUUCUGUAUUUGGCAAUGACGAUAACAAAAAAUAAAAAUUAAAAAAAGGAGUACAACUUUGCAUUCCUAUAUAGUGUUAGGAAUACAACUGUUAGCAUUCCUAACAGUAUAGAUUCCCUUUAAUAGUGUAAACCACGGUAAUAUCGUAGAACAUUGGGCAAUACAGUUCAAAUGACAGCCAAAACAUUUGUUUUCUGCAUGUAAAUUCUAAUUCUAAUUUAAUUGAUAAGUAAGAUAAUUGCGGGAAAAAAAACAUGAAUCACUUUGAGACAACGGUCUCUUUCAAAUGUUUUUGCUUUUAAAACAGUUGUGUCACUCUGCAGGCUAAAAAAAGCAGGUAAAUACGAUGUUCUUUCACAUUUACUUGUUUCUUCUGUCUUCUGCUUCCCACACUCACUGCUGGAAGGACACUGAUCUAACCAAUCAGUGUGCUAUCCCUAAGGGUGCUGCAAAAAUGCACUGGGCAUUACUGGCAGAUUUACACAUAUGCUGUUGGAAGAUUCUUCACCUUGCAACAGACUGACAAGGGGAGAGAGGGAAUCGGAUUAUUGUUAUCAUGCACAGCAGGCAUGAUGCCCUGUUUCUGUCAUUAGAGGACUAGUCUGAAACUGAAAUGGGAUGGAGGGAGGGGGGCUCUGAUGAAACAACUCUACCUGAGAGGCAUGUCCAAUAAUGCAAACUGACACCGUUUAUGGUAAGUUUAGAAAUGUUUAUUAUAUACUAUCCAAAGCGUUUCUUGCGUUAUUCUGGUUUCUGUUUUUAAAAUGUUUGCUUGUUGGUUUAAAAAGAUAAUGGUCACGUGAUGCAUGUUCCUUAAGGUCUGUACCAGUCCUAGUCUACCAUGACACAAACUUCACAACAUAGGGUUGAGCUGACCGAUUAUGAUAGGUGGCCUAUAGGCUGGUUGGCACCAUGCUAACAUCUGUUCAGUUCCACUUAAUUCAACCAGUAUAUGGAUGUUUUUAAAAACAGUCUGAUAUUAAGGAUUGUUAAUUAAUAACCUACCUGGUAAAUUAAAAGUACACUCCAUUGCUCAAAUACAAAAUAAAUAAAAAUCACUGUUUAGUAGAUAUACCUCAAACGACAACUUGCAUUCAUUUAUUCACGCAUUUUUUUCCAUUGGGGUUAUAUAUUAAAACAGCUUGCAAAACCUGCAGUUCUGCUGCUUUUACAAGCCCUCUUCUUCUGACCUCAACAAGACUCUGUUACUCUCCAAUCACAGACUUCCCAAUGCAGCUCAAUGACAUCUUUGCAAGGCAGGUGCUCUAAGCAAUUGCUGCCUGUUGAGUUUAGCUCCACUGUGCUAACCAGGCCAGGAAGUAGCAGAACCUGUUGCCUGCCUGAAAGAAAGAGGUUAUAACCAUGUUAAUUUAUACAAGUGUCAAUUUCUAUUCUACUGAAAUCUGCACUCUUUGCAGAAUAAUAAAAAUAGGACACACUCUUCACACAAGCUCAAGUGCUUUAGUGCCUGGAAUGUCCCCUUUAAGUAUUGAAAUACGACUAAAUGCUUAGCAAGGAUAAUUUUAGAAGGAAGCAGCAUGAAAAUUCUUUAUUUCUUCAAUAUCUGCUCUCUUCAUGGGACCGGCACAAUAAAAAAAACCAAAAAAAAAACACACAAUAAUCACACAAUACACAAUCAGACUUAGACAUGCUGUUGGGUGUGAUGUAUACUGUAGGGUACAACUUUAUUUAUGUGAAUACAAAGAUCCAAUAUAUUCCAUCGUGGUGUACACAUGGAGUGGAGUCAAGCAGAUAAAUGUUUUUACAGUCUUUAUAUAUAUACCUUUAUUUAGAUACAUCAGCCCAUUUAUGUUGUGCUAUGUGUACAUGCAUACACAAUAAAAUAUUUUCUCUUCAUAACGGUUUAUAGUGGAUCAGUAUAUUUGUGUUUAAAAACAUUUCAGGAUGAUUUUUAGAAUAAAUUUAAAAUUAUUAUCAUGGUUUUUAAUCUGUAGAUUGUCAUCUUUGAGCAAGAGAAUUUCCAAGGCCGAUGCCAUGAACUCAGCGCACCCUGUACCAACCUAAAGGAGGCUGGCAUGGAAAAAGUUGGCUCCAUGCUUGUGCACUCUGGACCGUAUGUACCAACACAUGAAUACUAACAAAUAUUUUUCCACUCUAAACCUGUAUGACUUCUCAAUAUGUUGUUAAAGGGAUUUUCUUACAUAAACUCAACUUUAAAUUUGGAGAUUAGAAAUAACAAUAACUAUUGCAUCAGUGCAGCGGCUGGGUAGAAGGACAGAGAUUAAGUUGCUUUGCAGAUAGAGAGAUCCCCAACUACAGUUUCUAGUUCAUAAAAGGUAAUUGCUUAUUUAUGAAUUGAAGCGUGUUCCAAAUUUUCGAAUGACCUAGUUCUAGCACUCCAGGUUUCACAGUUUUUGUUUUUUACAAUCAAUUUUCACAGAAAACUGCUGUGAUGUCUAUAUAUCUAUUGUGCUUGUUCUAUAUAGCUGAAAAUAAGCAACUCAUGACAAUACUGCGCAAAUGCUACACGUCUUGCUAAUAACCACAUGCCAAAAAUAUACUCUAGUAAAUACACACACACACACACACACACACUACAAGUACAUACACAUAAGACCCCUGACUUGCUUCAAUUGAAAUAAAAGUGGAGCAUGGGGUGGGCUUUGCACACUCACUACAGAGACAGCAAGAUAAGAAGAAAUCAAAUAAUUAAAUUAUUCUUAUAUCCUAACUUUCCUAAAAAUCGGAACUAUUUAUAUCAUAAUCAUCUUUAUUUUGCAUACUAGUAAAUGUUUGCCCGGAGUGAACUUUUCAAUAUGGCUAGUUUGCAGAUCCUAUUGAGUGACAAUUUCCUUUCACUUUGGCAGCACACACCAAUCGCAGUAUCUAUAUGUGGAUUUAUACUGUGCACAAACGGUGCAAUAAAAAAUGGCAUUACUGGACCACUCCAAGCAUAAGAACCAUUGUGUGCUAUGGUGGUUAUAGUUCAAGGAAUGACCUGGCGCCGCAGAGUAAGCAGUCAAAUUGGGCGCCACUUCUCACUUGCAAUGCUUCUGAUGGUGAGACAACAACUUUUAAACAGGAGCUUCCGUUAGGUCCCCUGAGAUAAGCCAUCCAUUGCAAGGCUAGUUCAUUGACUGAGAGCAACAGCUGAUUACUCUCAGUCAAUAAGUUUUGCCCUGCACUGCUAAGCCUUGUUUACACAUGGUUUGAAAACAUACAAUGAGUGGGUGCCAGGGCACUCCAGGGCAAUGUAGUGGUUGUGGUGCUAGGAGUGUUCCUUUUCUUAAGUACAUAGAUUACAGUGCAUAGAGAAGCAAGAAAAACAUUCUCACUAAAUGAACUUCUGACCAGGUUAUAUGCAAAAACAGAUGCUUCUUAUUAAAUGUUCUUUCACUUGGACAUUUUUAGUGUUGUAAUAUAUUUUCUCUCAGAAAGUGUUUUUUUUAAUGGUGAAUUAAAGCACAUCUGUCACCUCACCAAACAUUUUAAGUAUUCCAUUAAGAUAGACUCUUAAUGAAAUACUCACAUUGACUGUGUUGGUCUUUCAUUAAAUUUCAACCCAGUCAUAAAAGAGUCCUAUAAUAUUGUAAAGCGCUACGGAAUCUGUUGGCGCUAUAUAAAUGGCAAUAAUAAUAAUAAUAAUUAAAAAAAGCUGCUUUGUCUUAUACCGUUUUUCCUCAAAAAUAAGACCAGGUCUAAUAUUAAGCCCCCAUCCUCCCCCACACUAGGGCUUAUUUUUGGGUUAUGUCUUAUUUUGGGGAAAAAUUAUAGAAAGCCUGUGCUAGUAAGCAGGUCUAGGUUGGGGGAAUUCCCCCAAACAUAGACCACUAGCGCAUGGAAUUCCCGCGAAUACAUAUAUAUAUAUAUAUGCAAAAAAAAUUUUUUAAAAAGGCAUUGCCCCAAAAUAACUGCUAGUGCGUUUUUCGAGGGAAAAAUUCAUAUAAGACUGUCUUAUUUUAGGGGAAAGAUAGUAUAGGACAAAUCAACCCUUACUGUGUCUAAUAUUUUAUGACAGAGUUGGAAUUUCAAUGAAAGGUCAACACAGUCAAUAUGAGUAUUUCAUUAAGCUUCUAUAUUAAUGUAAUCAUCAAAUUGUUUGGUGAGGUGACAGAGGUGCUUUAAUUCACCAUCCAAUUAAAAAACUUUCAGAGAUAAAAGUUAUGAUUUGUAAAUUAGCUUACUAGUGCAUGGAAUCACAGGAAUCUAUGUUUGAGGAAAAUUCCCUUAACAUAGAUUAGCAAACUAGCGAUAGCGACUCGCUUAUUUUCUAGGUAGGGCUUAUAUUACAAGCAUCUCCUGGAAAUUAACUAGGGCUCAUUUUGGGGGGAUUUCUUAUUUUGGGGAAAAAAACUGUAGUAAAUGCCAAGGAACACAUAACUUGACAAAUGGCAGAACUUCCGCCAUCAGGUUUUAUCAGAUGUCGUUAGCGGCGGCUGGUUGAAUCAGGCUGCUUCUAAUCUCAAGAGUUUGUUUAUUGCAGGGGUGCCCAAAAGGUAGAUCCCCAGAUGUUUAACUACAACUCCCAUGAUGUUUUGCAUGCCUUUAGAAUGGCAAAGCAUCAUAAAAGUUGUAGUUCUACAACAUCUGGGGAUCUACCUUGUGGACACCCUGGUCUAUUGGGACUCAUGGGAUACAUAUCAGUUUUGUAGUACAUAGACAUCAGUGUUGUACAUAGACAUCAGUGUAGUACUCUCAUGCAUGCGCAAGCACUGCACUGAUACGGUUCCUGGAUGAUGUAACACCGGGAAUUGAAGAAAGAAGGUGACAAAUAUGCAGAGACACUUGAAGGUAACAGAGCCCAAGGCCCCUUUGCUAAACCAUUACAUUGUUCAAUAGAGAGCAGUGCUCUAUGCAGUGGGAAAUGUUGGGAACUCAGGUCCCUUACCAUAUUUGCAGAUGUUUUUGAGUUCCCACACAUCUUACUUCAAAGGGAUUAGCGCUGCUUACAGUACCGGAUCAUUGAUACAAAACAUUGGGCAUUUUAACAUUGCAGAUAAGCAAAUGAACAAGUUUUUUCCUAUGCAACUCCUAAAUCUCAAGUAUUCUGUAUAUAAUCUUCUGCUUCUCCCCUAACAUGAGGCAGACAUCAUUUUGACUUUCAGACACCCUGCCAGUCAGCCUCCAAUAAGCUAGGAGGGAUUAAAAGAUCAACUUUCUGUAUAUGUUGAAUGUGUGUAAGGCUCUAUCCUGUAAAACAGAAGCAAUGAUGGAAGAUUUAAUGGAUAGAUAUUCAUAUUUUGUAUGAUGUUACUAGUAAAAUGUUUAUUUUUUUCAAUAUUAUUACUACCUCUACAGUAUUGCCCACAUUUUCAUAUACACCAAACUUUUUUUACAGUUUUAGUUUUAGUCUCCUUAGUUAUUAUUUUUACAGUUUUAGGCUUUAUUUUGCAUUUAUGUAUUAUGUUAUGCAAACCAUACCUAAAAGGUGACUAUAUAUAUAUAUAUAUAUAUAUAUAUAUAUAUAUAUAUAUAUAUAAUACAAGUGUGUCCUUGCACUCAGACAGACCAGUUUAACAAAAUGCCGGGUGCCCAAUAGCCAUAGCCAAAAAAUACAAGUAUACAAAAAACAGAUUGCACUCACGGUCUUAGAUAAAGUUAAAAGUAUUUCUUUAUUGAAGUAAUUUCAUUAAAAAUCAACGUUUCAGCCCUCGUUUGGGGCUUUCUUCAAGAUCAUAUAUAUACUAAAAGAGGGUCAGUACAUAAUUCAUAGUUUGUAUAUGGUGCCAGGCUCUACUUAGAACACUUAUUGGUAGAAAGGAAAAGAGUGUAUGUUCCAUUGUCACUAAGGUGAUAAAACAAAUCAUUAAAUUUAUAUUUAUGCAAUUUAACAACACAUUUGAAAGCUGGGGUUCAUGAUUAGAUUAAGAGCAAGGUGAUGUGAGCUACAUUAAGGAUGGGAAGGGGUGCCAAAUUUAAGGAGUUCAUUUUCUUUUUUUGCCUUGACCCCAUGUUAGGGAGUAAAAGGUACUUGCAUUAAUUAUGACUGUGUAUCAGCUAAACAAUUUCAAUACUUCAACAAUUAAUCACUAUUGCUGCAUGAUACAUUGUUUCUGUUUAAUCCAAACUGAAACAGUGCAAGCUUUCAUAAUACAGAGUAGGUAUUAUAUAUAUAUAUAUAUAUAUAUAUAUAUAUAUAAAAAUACACUUAUACACACACAUACAUACGCACACACAUACACACACACACCUGUCUGUCUAAUAGAAUGUCACACAUAUCAAUUUAUUUCUGGAGUGUUCAAACUUUGAAAGAAACAAUAUCAAUUGUUCUCAUUGUUCCUGUGAUAGUGUCUAAAAGGGAACUUCUGGAUUCAAGAUAUAUUACAUUACUUUAUAUUUUAAAUUGUAGACUGUUACAGACAGGUGAUGUCACCAUUUUCAGAGUCCACAAAUCCAGGGAAAUGCCUCACAUUUUCACUCUCUCAGCCCUAUUCCUAGUUCAGUUAUUCUCCAUUUCACUCCCACUGUCUUUCCUAAUUUUAUUUCCAUCCUCCAGUCAUCCUAUGGAGAAACAUGAGAGAGAGUCUGAAACUGGUAUAUUUUUCUCUUUAUGGCAUUUCUGCCAACAACAUCGUAAAAUAUAAGUAGGACAUUGCUUUUAUAUUUCUCUUUAUGGCAUUUCUGCCAACAACAUCUUAAAAUAUAAGUAGGACAUUGCUUCCACUGGAGGUUCCAUCUAAGGGAUGGAGAAUUGUGGUGCAUAGCUGCCUGAAAGAGUGGUGACAUUUGACUAUAUAAACUGAUUUAUCAAUACUUACUCUCUUCAGGUUUCUGCGGUUGCUCUUGUUAUCCAACUCCUCCACCCAUAAUUGAAGUGCUGCUUGAGGUUUCUGCAGCUGGAGGGUUCUUGUGUCAAUCCCCCCUCCUCCAUGGCAGUCAUCCAGCCAUCUAAGCUCCUUUAGCUUUUGGUGUCCCCAUCCAGAGUAGUGAUUCUCUGGUGGCCUGCCAGGAAGAACUGUUCCAACAUGUCCAUCGAGGGAUCCUCUGAGGUAUGUGAAGUGCGACAUUUGGGCCUCUUGAACCUCUGAAGAAGUUAUCCUAUAUUUGAGGAUCUCUCCGAUCUUGUUAGUCAAAUUUUUUUCCAAUUUUUACCCAUGGCUGGAGAAAGAGGUCUGAGCAUCUUGCUAGAGAAAAUAGGGUUAUAGGUACCCAAAACCAGGCAACGGUAAGUCAAAAUCACAAGGCUUGUCCAGCAUUCAUCUGCACUCGGUUAAGACAAACAAGGCAAUUACAAUAAUCCCAUUAUACACAUUUAAUUCCAUAUAAAAUAAUGCUCUUAGAGUUAAAGAAUAUUUGUGUAUGUUAGUGUUCCUUUAAUGGGUGCUACCUUACCCAGAAUUCUAACAUUCUAUUUCAUCUUUCUUUUGCAUUAUUCUACAGCUGGGUAGGAUAUGAACAACAAAACUGCAAGGGGGAACAGUUUGUCUUUGAGAAGGGAGAAUAUCCCCGCUGGGACUCCUGGACGAAUAGUCGAAGGAGCGACAGCAUCGGCUCCUUGAGACCAAUCAAAGUGGUGAGAGCUUGACUAGCUGCUGUUUUCACUAAACAUUUCAAAGGACACUUUUCUGCAUCAUCAAUGAUCAUUAGAAUUUGUUAGUCCUGAUUUCCCUUAUAUACAUUGCAAUGCCUGACUGAAUUUCCCUAUGAUAUUAGUACAUAUUAUGACGGACAAACAUUUCAUCACCGUAUAUCCCUACCAUUACCCUUAACAUUCCCACUCUGUAGACCCAGAAAAACAUGAGGGGAGUUGUAAACACCUUUUGAAUCAGUCACACAGGUUCUUUUCCAUCCUUCUGUUUAUCUAGGGAUUAUAUGUUAUAUAUAUUUUUUUUUUUAUUAAAGCUACAGUAGCAAAGCCUCAUAAAGACCUAUUCAUAUAUAUGUAAACAAAUAAAUAAAAAAAUAAUAGAUAUCUUUGCUUUCCUCAGAUCAGUCUCUCUAAAAUGACUGUGCUGGAAGAUGAAUCCAUAACACCACAUGCACCUAAACAUAGCAGUGGAGGUUUUAUUAAAUCUAGCAGUGGAGUUUUUAUACAGUAUUGCGCUUGUUUCUUAACUAAGAAUGUGUCAGCCAGAUUGAACAUGGAAGAGCUGACUUUAUAAUUUAUGAUGUGAUCACUGUUGGCAGUAAUUCUAAGCAUCCCAUAGGACAUGGCACAUAUUUUACAUUUCUUUCAUGCUUUCCCCCUAGUCUGUCAUAUUCAUAGUUUAAAGCAGUAAUAAAACAAAGUCAGGGAUCACAUUGCCAGCUAGAAGGAGUUGUAAGUUGUAAGACAGUGGAGUUAGAAAUGUGCCUUUCCUCUGCCAGUGUUGCAAUCUGAUGAUUAUAAACAUGUUGCUUACUUAUAGGGAUGGGGUUAUGUGCACAAGAAUGUGGCCUAUACAUUUGUGCUGUGACAAUAUAUGUGAAAAUAAAUCCACAAAUUCACUAUGCCACUGCAUACAAUCACUAAAAAAAAAAACAUAUUGUGGUAACAUUUAACCCCUUAAGGACACAACUUCUGAAAUAAAAGGGAAUCAUGAUGGAAUAUUUCCGUCAUGUGUCCUUAAGGGGUUAAUAACAAAUGAUUAGCUACUAUUAAUUAAGUCCCUGGUAACAUUUAUUUUCCCUGGGGUAGAUAGUUCUAUAUCACACUUAACAAGUAAUUACAGUUAACAAAACGUAAAGUCCAUGUGCCCAAUGUGCAUUUGAAACGAAAUCAUGCAAUACAUAUUUAUUGUAUAUUUAACAUGAUGCCUGAUACAAAUGAAAUAUUUACCUCUGGAUAGUCUUGCAGUGAAAGACUGUAAUACAUUUUUUUUUUUUUAGUUAAAGGGACACUGUAGUCACUAUAACCAUUUAUUCUCUUUGAAUUGGUUAUAAUGCCUGGAGUGCCCUGGCACUGCCCCUCCAUUCAGUUUUGUACAAUGUUUGUGCCGUAUGCCACAAAAUAAUAGUCCCUGGCCACCCACAGUCCCGCCCCUUCUUUAUGUGUAGCUAAGGCAGAGAUUACACUUCCUUGUUGUCAUACCGCCAGUUGGAGCUCUGACAGGCUAAAAGCCGUCAGCUGACACUCUCAGCCAUUAAAAACUGUUUAAUGCUGAAAGAAAUGAUGGUACCAGGGGACUCCAGACACUAUAACAAGUUUAAUGAAAUGAAGCAGAUACAGUGCCAACGGUGUCCCUUUAAGGUUAGGCUUUGUGGGAUGCAUUCAAUGUGUCUCUGAUUUAAGAUUAGGAGUGGCAUGUUUUUUGUUUUUUUUAAAGUCCAUAUGGCAUAUUAACUUUAAUAAGUUUGAUCAUUAAUACGGUGAGGGAUUAUUGUGAAGAUGAUUAGUUUCAGUAAUUAUUUUGACUACACAUGGAACAAACACAACUUUCAAAUUUAAAGGAUACUAGUUGGAAUUUUGCCACUUUCUUUAAUGCUUUCUAGAAAUUAUGCAUUAAAAAUAAAACAUUUGGACAUGUGCAUUUGUUGAUUGUAUAAGCAUGUGGUUGCAAAAAUGCUGCAUUGUACCAAAACCAGGCUCUUAUUGAUCUGCAGCCAAACAGGCCAGAUUCCUGGUGGACUGUGAUGAUUAUUGUGGGCUUGCUAGUUUGGUUUGAGGAUCUAUCCGACUGAUCCAGUACAAGUUCAACAGGUUUUUAGCACCAAAAAUAUGUGAAAAGAGGUGCAUGAUGUCUCAUGAUUUAUGCAUAACCCAUGCACUGGAACAAGAGUACAGAAAAAGACCUGGUAAAGCUGAACUAGCCUUUAAUUUACAAUAGUCUAUGUGCCUACAGGACAGCCAAGAGCACAAGAUUGUCCUCUAUGAAAACCCUAACUUCAGUGGAAAAAAGAUUGAGAUAAUUGAUGACGAUGUCCCAAGUUUCCAUGCUCAUGGUUACCAGGAAAAAGUAUCUUCUGUGAGAGUGCAAAGUGGAACGUGAGUAUUUUAAUAUCAGGCAGAUAUCAAACUCAUGCAAGCGACCUAUAUUUGAUGCAGAGACACAAAUAGGUCUAACUUUGUGUCCUAGUUUGGUCUUUUUUUCCGUAAACAAAAUUUAGGUGCACAUGGGAGAUAUAGAGAGUCUCAUCACAGCUGCUUAGAUCCCAUCUUGCAGCAUAUGUCAGACACCUUGUGUCUAGGGGAUACCUGAGAAUUCUAGCCUUUAUCAUAACAGAGGCAGAUUUUUAUUCAGUACCAAUAUUGUAUUUUAAUGUAAUACAUCAUAUGAAAGUAAUUAUAUAUUUUUUUUAAAGAAUCAGUAGUAAGUUUAUAAUGAGUGUUCUGUUCUAAUAGAUAUCAUGUAGAAUAUUUACCCAGACUGCUAACGUUAUUUUUAAAAUGACACGGUUUGAUAUUAAUGAAUAGAUUUGUCAUGCUUUACAAUGACCUAUAUGUAGGAUAUUUGGAUUCUCUAGUUGAGAGCAAGAUUUUAAUAACACUGUGGAGUCUAUAUAAUAGGGCCGCAGUGUUAAGCCACAGUGUUCUCUCUGUGACAACACAGUACAAGUUAAUUCCUACUGCGUCCAUCUACAUCCUACGGUUGUGCAUAACAUUUAGCAGUUCAAUUAUUGCUGGGAAAGAACAUCUUGAUUACCACACAGCUGGGUGCUCAGUCUGAUGGUAUACAUAAUGUUCACUAAAACUACUUAGGGACUAGAGGGCAAAUUGCCACCCAUUGUCCCUGAGGGUUCUAAGUACCUAACUAAAUAAGCUACAGGUUUGCUGUGACGCAGACUCAUUUGUGAAUAUAAAUUUUAACAUUGUCCAUGUACUAGCAGUAUGCAGUUGAGCCCUGGCUGAUUUCUGGAGUGCAGCAGUCAAGCUCUGGAGCUUAGAGCCAAGUUUACGUUAAUGAGUACUGAGGUUAAUUAUCUGUUAUUUAUUGAAUAGACUAAUAUUUUUUUUAUUCAGCUUGUAUUUGGCUACCGUCAUGACAAGUAGAAAUAUUUUGUUUGCACAUACAGAAUCUAUUGACCAAAGUCCUGUUACUGGGGCUAUUCUGUCUGUGCUACAAAAAUAUAAAGUUUUACAAGUUUCCCCAGAGGUUAAUGAUAGUAGUCAGGUUAUUUCAGGUUGUACCAUAUCGAUCGCAUUGCAUUCAAUUUGUUACUGAUAAUAGAAUCCAUUGCAGAAUUGAGUGUCAAUCAUCGACUAAUAUAUACAUAAAAAUCCAGCAAUUAAGCUUAAUACUUUUGUACGGUUACAGAAAAAGAGACAUUUAAAAGACCACUCUGGGCUAACACCAACUGUCCUUCCUUGUAGGUGGGUUGGCUACCAAUACCCAGGUUACAGAGGUUACCAGUACCUGUUUGAGAAGGGGGACUACAAGGACAGCUCAGAAUUUGGUGCUCAACACCCCCAAAUCCAGUCUGUCAGGCGCAUUCGUGAUAUGCAGUGGCACCAGAGGGGAGCCUUCCAUCCCACCAGUUAAGAAACGUACUUCCGCUCUCUAGUGCCACUAAAGAAGAAGAGAAACCAAAAGGCUUUUACGUGAUCUGCUGCUGUUUUUCUCAUGGCAUGGUUGUCCCUAAUGCCACUGUGUGAGUAAACCUGCUGAAGCAAUUUAAUAAAAGCUUUGCGUUCCAAACUCCA